AUGAUUUCGAAGGGAUGCAUCUAUCAUAUAGUUCGAGUCCAGGACACAGAAGCAAAACCUCCAACCCUUCAGUCCAUUCCUGUAGUUAAGGAGUUCCCAAAUGUGUUCUCAGAUGAGCUUUCAGAUGACAUUCUGGUUUAUUCCCGAUUGAAGACUAAGCAUGCAGACUAUCUGCGUGCGGUACUCAAAGUCCUUCAGGAGACGAAGUUGUAUGCGAAAUUCUCCAAAUGCGAAUUUUGGCUAAAUUCUAUGGCUUCCCUAGGCCAUAUUAUUUCAGAUAAGGGCAUCACAGUGGAUACUCAGAAGAUAGAGGCUGUGAAGACUUGUCCUCAACCUACGACGCCGACGGAGAAGUUGACCCAGAAGGCAGCCAGUUUCCAAUGGACGGAUGCUUGCGACCGAAGCUUCCAAGAAUUGAAGGAUAGGUUGACUUCGGGACCAUUUCUGGCGCUUCCAGAGGGAUCCGACGGUUAUGCUGUCUAUUGUGAGGCUUCGAGGGUCGGAUUAGGUUGUGUAUUGAUGCAGAAUGGCAAGAAGCAGCUAAACUUGCGACAGAGGCGGUGGUUAGAAUUGCUGAAGCAUUACGAUGUUGAUAUUUUAUACCACCCAGGGAAGGCGAAUGUGGUAGCAGAUGCCCUCAGCCACAAAUCUAUGGGAGAUGCCAGAGUUACUAUUCAGAUUAUAGCAACAUCAUCCUUAGUAGCUGAGGUAAAGAGGCGCCAAUAUGAAGACCCUUCAUUGACCCAUUACAAGGAUACAUCUCUGCAAAAGAAGAAAUCACCAUUUGGGGUUACCAAAGAUGGAGUCCUCAGACAAGUUCGGAGGCUAAGAACUAAAGAUAUAGACUCAGUGAAAGUUCUUUGGAGAAACGUCAAUAAGGAAGAGAUGACGUGGGAGGCUGAGGAAGAUAUGCAAUCCAGGUUCAGACAGCGUAUAGUUGCGAUUAUAAUAUCGUAUUAUGGUGAAUUUUUGCUGGAAUUCAAGGUGGAAAGUGAAGAUAUUGUGGUUCUAGCGGAG